AGCCAAACCAGGAAUUACCGACGCUGGAACUACAGCCAAACCAGGAAUUACUGAUGCUGGAACUACAGCCAAACCAGGUACUACUGAUGCUGGAACUACAGCCGAACCGUCUUUGCCAAGUACAACUUCUUCUACUAUUGCAACCACCGCUACACCACCAAUUCAGUGUGAGAACGGAGGUACACCUGAAGGACAGUCUUGCAACUGUCCUCCUGACUUCCACGGGGAGACCUGCAGAGAUUUUAAAACUCACAUAGUGCCAGGUACGCUCAAUAGGACAGCGGUGGUUGAUGAUAUGGAAACUAAUUCCCCGUACAUAGAAAAAUAUAACGACAAAACUUCAACUGAAUACACAGACAAGGUCAAGGAUUUCACCACAGAGAUGGAGGAAUACUACAGGAGUACAGGGAUACGGAAUUUCACAGUGGAAAACGUAACUCUGAGUAAGUGGUCACCUAAAGACAUACGCUUGGGACGUGGUAUAGAGGAGAAAAGGAUGGAAAACUCCUUGUACAACCCCAAGGCAGUAUCAUAUUGUUUGAAGGUCAAACACAAUAUCAUUCUGACGGUUCUGAAUGAACCAGGAGCUGAGCAACAGUACAAGAACUUCGUAGACAACGUUAGUUCAGCUUUGGCGAAUCUCACAUUGUGUUCAGCUCUUAACUCAGGAUGUCCUACGUUUACUGUUGCGUCAGUGGGUGAACUACAAGAAACGCCACUUGAUGAGAAAGAUGUAUGUCAGAAAACAAUCAACCUUGAUUUUGCUAAAUACUUUGAGCCUUACAAUAAAGACGGGAAGUUGCUCUGUUUGACGGCAUGUGACCCCAGACAUAAUAACACUAAAAACUGCAACACGGGUAUCUGUGAAGUAACCAGAGCCGGACUGUCAUGCAACUGUAAAAACACAAACUCAAUCUGGUACCUGGCUGACUGUAACCACCCGAUCCACAAGGCUGGGUUAUAUGCCGGAAUCAGUAUAACUGCCGGGGUUGUCCUGGUGAUAUUUGGUGUCCUGAUAGUGUUCCUGGUGGUGAACAAGAAAAAGGAAAAGAGGAAUAAAGACACUAAGCAGGAGAUGGUAAACCAGUGGCUUGAGGAUGACUUUGAAUGGCCCACACCCAACACCAGGUCCACCACAACACCUCACCCAGGGACGUACGAUAACCCAGCAUACACCAACGGGGUGUCAAAUAUCUACCAACACUCAAGCGGUCCUCUUCCAACCUACAAUCCCAACCCACAGUCGAGCGAAAGAUACCCUCCACCAUACUACCCCUCAGAGCCCCACAAUCAAAUGCACAGCUUCCCAAGCAACCAGCUUGUAAGGAUCAACAGACCGCAGAUCAGAACAUCUUAUGACUUGUAGCAUCCUCUUACUCACAAGAAAAAGUGCCUACAGAUGCUAAUUUGAGUCAGUACAUUCCUAAAGAAAAUAUUGCACUUUUUUACUCCAUACAUUUUCCCUGACAACCAAAAGUACUCAUUACGUUUUGAAUGCUUAGCAGAACAGGAAAAUAGUCCAAUUCAAGCACUUUUCAGGAGAACACGUGGCCAUCCCUACUGCCUCUGGCCUGGCGGACUCAGUAAGCACAAAUGCGUCUUUUGUAAAUAAUCUCUGUUGGAGCAUGCCCUUGGCUAUCCUUACAUUUUGAAAAAAAUAAAAUGGUCUGUUUUGCUUAAUAUAAAGGAUUUUUAAGUGAUUUACACUUUUACUUUUAGUAAUAAUAUUUACUUUUGAUAUUUAAAGCCAAAUACUUGUAGACUUUUUCUCAAGAAGUAUUUUGAUGACAAUUGGGUACUUUUUCCACCACUGUGCGAUAAAUACACAUAGGAUUGCUUGCUUGUCUAUGGCGGCCUGAAUAAGCCACAGCUCUCUGUUGUUCAUUAAAUCCUCCAGUCGAUUUCGUGAAUUGAAUUAGCAUAAUACAAAAUCCUCAUACAAAUCUGUCUGUUGAAGAUUGAGAUAUCGGUUUCUAUGCAUGGGCUGCGUCUCAAUCCAUUGCAUCCGUCGAUAUCGGCCUCCCAGAUGGGCUGCGUCUCAAUCCAUUGCAUCCGUCGAUAUCGGCCUCCCAGAUGGGCUGCGUCUCAAUCCAUUGCAUCCGUCGAUAUCGGCCUCCCAGAUGGGCUGCGUCUCAAUCCAUUGCAUCCGUCGAUAUCGGCCUCCCAGAUGGGCUGCGUCUCAAUCCAUUGCAGCCACGGAUAUCGGCCUUCAGGAUCUGCUGUGAAAGGUGGCAGAACUACAGUUGUGUUUGUCAGAUCAGAUGAAAAUCAAUACAACUCAAAACAAAUUUCCUUUAAAAAAAAGAUUGGGGGGCUCUCUGUUUUUCCAUGUGUGAAUCUAUGAUUCAAUGCAUUUCUUUGACCUAAUAGCAGUAAUGCCAAAUUCAAUGUUUCAUCAAAUAAUUUGGGGACUCUAGAGGUUUAAAGCUGCUAAGUAUUUUGUUCUGAAAUGACAGGGUGAUCAAAUUAAGAUCCUACAUCUGUAUGAACACAUUGAAUGUAAAUGUGGUAAAUACACAUAGGAUUGCUUGUUUAUGGAGGCCAAAUGAGCCAGUGCUCUCUGUUUUUCAGUAAAGCUGCUGGAUACUCUGCUCUGAGACGGCGUCUCUGCCUAUGUUGUCCAAGUAUGUAUAGCAUAUGUUCUUCCAGGAGGGCUUCGCCCAUGAGAGGAUACCCACAGUAUGAGACCACUGGUGUCCAGCUCAGGAUGCCUGAAACAUAUAGGAUUAAAACAGCUAUGGUAUUUAUACUCAUAAUAGAAUAUUUAUUCAUUUUGACAGAGGAUCAAAUAUAAUUUUAUUGCACUUUAAGAUAGAAUGAUCAAAUGCACAUUGAUGAAUUCAAUGUUUAGCAAUAGUUAUGGAAGGUUAUAAGUAAUAUAGCUUUCAUUUAUUUAUUUGUUUUUGUUUACUUGUUAUUGUAUAUUAGCUCUGUAUUACACUGUAUGCGGUCUGCCAAACAAUUUGUAUCACUGUUAAUACUGUUAUGUAAAUAUGUCAAUUGUAAUCAGAAAUUGAUAACUAUGUUUACUAUAUUUUUGUUAUCAAGAAAUAAAAUAGUUCCUGAAAAUGU